AUGAGGGGAGCCAUUAACAAGAAUAGAAAACGAGGUGCUAGUGAUAAUGCAUAUGUCGUGGACUUGGCAUCUUUUAUGGGGAUUUCUCACACUUUCAAUGUCGCUGACUUGUUUGAGUUUCAUUCGAAUGAUGAGCUGUUGUAUCCAGUUGAUAACUGGGGGAUGAGUUCUUUCCAAGAAAGGAAGACUGGCAUAGGGCUGGAAGAGGACGUUAGGAGGCUUCACAACAACAUUUAG